UCCAAAGCUCAUCUUCUUGGCAGCAGCCUGGUUGCCAGGGGUUACCGGAGCUGGCUCCGGCUGUCUCCACGACAACCGCUCUGGGCUUCUCCAGCCCCCUCAGCCUCGAGAAGGGGCGGGGCUGGCCCCGCACCCGAGGCCCCGCCCCUGAAGGAGGCCACGCCCACCCACCGGCUCCUUCCUCCCAGCGCCUUCCUCUGGCUGGGGUCCUCCUUUUGUCGCUGCGCUUUCCGCCCCAACUCCACGUGUCUGCGUCACGUCUUCCUAGCUUCCCUGGCCCCCUGGUUUUCUGUGGUUCCCCCAAACUACCUCUCCAGGCACACUCCCCCCUCAACUUCUCUCUCACCCCGUGGGGGUCCUUCGGCUUUGCCAACAGCUUGUUCCCCGGAGGACCCCAUUUUCCCCUCUGGGCCGCCCCAAACCCGCGUGUCUUGUAGCUCCCGCCCUGUCCUGGUCACACGCGGCUGUCCUGCGGCCCGGUACCUCUGGACCCCCAGGCUGCCCGCAGGGACGCCCACUCUUUAGGCCUGGUGUUGCUCUCCCCAAUCACGGCAACAGCUGAGUGUUAAAUUUAGUCCUUGACAGUGGGGCCCGGCUCUGGUUACCGCCCUGGCAGGGGCAGCGUGGAGAGGAGUGUGGCUGCUGCCGCCGGCCAGCCUCUGUGUCCCUGUCGCCAGUGCCAGCUGCCCCCACCUUUGUCCACAGCCCCUGGCCGAGCGGUGCCGCCUCCUGCCCCGAGAUGCCGCCAAGAUGCCCGAGAGCGCCUGGAAGUUCGUCGUCUACCUGGGCUGCUGGAGCUACAGUGCCUACCUGCUGCUGGGCACUGACUACCCCUUCUUCCAUGACCCACCCUCCGUCUUCUACGGCUGGACGCCAGGCAUGGCGGUGCCCCGGGACAUCGCCGCCAACUACCUGCUGCAGGGCAGCUUCUACGGCCACUCCAUCUACGCCACGCUCUACAUGGACACCUGGCGCAAGGACUCGGUGGUCAUGCUCGCCCACCACGUGGUCACCCUGGCCCUUAUCGUCUGCUCCUACGCCUUCCGGUACCACAACGUGGGCGUGCUUGUGUUCUUCCUGCACGACCUCACCGACGUGCAGCUGGAGUUCACCAAGCUCAACACCUACUUCAAGGCCGCAGGCGGCACCUAUCAGCGGCUGCACGCGCUGCUGGGGGACCUGGGCUGCCUGUGCUUCUGCGUCACCUGGUUCUGGUUCCGGCUAUACUGGUUCCCACUCAAGGUCCUGUACGCCACGCUGCACACCAGCCUCAUCUCGGUGCCCGACAUCCCCUUCUACUUCUUCUUCAACACGCUCCUGCUGCUGCUCACCGCCAUGAACUUGUACUGGUUCCUGUACAUCGUGGCCCUGGCUGCCAAGGUGCUGACGGGCCAGAUGCGAGAGCUGAGUGAUCUGCGGGAGUAUGACACGGCCGAAGCCCACAGCCCCAAGCCCAGCAAAGCUGAGUGAGUGGGGGGGCCGGCGCCCUGAAUUCGUCCCUUGAGUGACAUCGGUCCGGGCAGGCUCUGUGGGCAGCAGAUGAGGCAGUGCUGACGCUGUCCCCAAGCCUGCAAGUCUGACGAGGAGGCUGCAGUGAAGGCGGGUGACCUCGCGAUGCCUUGGGGCACAGCUGUCUGGGGAGGGGGUGCGAGGGUGGAGCCAUGGGUCUUAUGAGUCAGCCGCAGGCCUGGCCCACGUGACUUCCGACCACCUCCCGGCCCAGGCCAGGGUGACAGAGGCCGCGCUUUGUCUACACUAAGGCAUCCUGGCCCUGGGGCUCAGCGGCCUCCUGGGGUGCAGGCGCGAGCUCGGUGGCUCCCACGCUCCAGCCUGGGACCCAGGUGUAAGCAGAGCCAGGCUUGGGUGGUGAGCAGUGUCCCAAGGUGGCAGGCUGUGGAUGGUUCUAGAAGGUGCUGGGCAGCCAGGCCUCUUAUUUGGCUGGAUGGGGAAACUUGCUUGGUAUUGGAGAUUGAACCUGGCUUCCACCCUGACCCACACCCCAGCCCUUUCUGAAUUUUUAAAUUUUGCGACGAGGUCUUGCUAAGUCACAGCAGUGCCCAGGCUCAAACCAUGACCCUCCUGCCUCAGCCUGCCAGAAUCACCCCAUGCCUGACUAGAGGUGUCUCGGUACCCCCAAAGGUGGGGCCUACAGAUGAGGGGUGCCGGAGCCAUAGAGAAAGCCAGGGCAGAGCGUGAGGUCGGGGUGACUCCCAGACCGUCCUGGCCAGGCCCCAGCUGGCCACAGAGAGGCUGUCACCACCGUGCGGCACAGGAGUGUGGGCGGUGUGCAGGGAUGUGUAGAAAGCUGAACCAGUCUGGCCUGGGAUGCGAGAGAAAUGGAAAUAAACAAAUCAAAGGCAUUUUAAAACUUUUGGCUCAA